AAAGACUGAAAGUGACUUCAGAGCUUUAAAUCUGUGGGAUUUAACAUUCCUUAAGAACCUUUUGGGACAUGGAAAUAACCGGCAGACAUCAAGACUUCUGACGCUCAAUUUUAAGAAACUUAAAGGGAUUCAAAUGAGAAUAUUCCAACAGUCUUGAAGAGAUUUUUCUUCUGGAAAAAGUCUUUGAUUGACUUCUGACUGUUUCUUGGACUUCAAAAGCCGGAAGAGCCUGAAGGUUUUUUUAAAAAGUUGACUUUGGGAACAUAUUGGGGUUAUUCUAUGGACAUAAAAUUAUUUUUUAAACCAAUUUAUUGAUAGAUUUAUACUACUCUAAUGAAGAGUGACGUAGUGAAUGUGAGCCAACUGUUGAGGUGCCCUGCUGCAUAUAUUUGAUCUAAUUCUCAAAGGAUGCACUUCAUCAUUAUUGAUUAUCUUCUAUACGUCUUAGUCCAGAGGGAGAGUGACUCAGAGUAGAAAUCAUUCAACACAUCCUCAGCUCGUUCUCCUGCUUUUUUACUCUCAAGACAAACAUACAAAUAGGAGAAGAUAAGACGGAAAGAUGGCACAGAAAGAAGGAGGGAAAGCCCAGAUGCGUGUUAAAACCGGGGAGCACCUCGGGGCCAAAGCCAUAGCCGGGGCCCCGAUCGCAGGUGGAGGAGUGGUGGUGGAGGUCAGGGAGAAGAAGGGACCUCUGCGGGCAGCCAUACCCACCAUGCCCUUCCCUCUGGCUGUCAUCUGCCUGUUCCUGAACACCUUCAUACCGGGACUCGGUACCUUCAUCUCUGCGUUCGCGGUGCUGUGCGGAGCUCGCAACGAGCUGAUCUCGGAGCGAGGCGUCUGCUGCGUGUUCUGGCUCAACGUGGCGGCGGCCCUCAUCCAGAUACUGACCGCGGUCGUCAUGGUCGGGUGGAUCAUGAGCAUCUUCUGGGGAAUGGACAUGGUCAUCCUGGCAAGCUACAGAGACCAGAGUCUUCCUCAGGAUGUCUGAGAAAGGUCGCCGUCGUGUUCGCCGAUGGAUCGCGUGGACAGUUUGACCUCUUUGACCUCCAUGGUGGCGAUUCCUUUAUCUUUGUGAUGAGCGCCAGCAGUCGUUCACAUGCUGGACCACAGAGAGGAGCAGAGACAUUGAGAUAAAUGAUCCACAUGGGGAAAGAAAGAAGGAAAGAGUCACCUGACUGCUUCUGAUUGGUUGAGACCACAUUCACAUUUAGUUUAAAAGGAAACGGACGAGAAAAAAGGAAAAGGAGACUAAAAACUGUCACAAGAAAAACAGUGCGUUUGCAUUUUGUUGAUUAAUUAGAACCGUGAUUUAGAUAUUAAUUUUAUUUUAUCUAUUUGAUAAAAACUAUAAUUUCUCAUCUGUUUCCGACGUGACGGGGGAAAUAAAGAAGGGAGGACUGUGUGAGAAAAUUAAGAUAUUGAUUUUCAUUUUCCGGCAUGAAAAAAUUACAACGACAAAAAAGAAUAACAUUAUUUGGCUCAUAACAUAAAACUAUAACAGUCUUUAUAGAACCAGCCAAACCAGAGUCUGGUUGUAAAUUGUCUGCCAAUAUUCAGCCUCGUGAGUUUGAAUGAUGACAUGAUUAUUAUUAUGAUGGGGGGAGUAAUUUGCGACCAAUCAAUGGAUCAGCCUACAGUUAUGUUUUGGCUCCAAUAUUUUCCAUUUAAAAAGGAACGUUUUACUGUGAUAGCAAACACAUCUUUAACAUGCGGCAUCUCACUGCUGCUCACGAGAUGCGUGUCAUCCUAAAAUUACAGGACUGUGUGGAAAAAUAGAUUCACGCCUCCCAGCAAUUAUUGCAUUUUUAACUUUCAUACCUCAUCAAUGUGUAAAUUACUGUCAGAGGGAUAUUACACAUUAUUAGAAAAUGUUAUCCAAUUAACAAUAGGUCACUCUGGGGAACCAUAUAGUCACAUUAUGACCAAUUUAAUUAUAAGUUUGUUCAACAUUGUCUAAAGAUUUGUAUUUUACUUGUUAUAUAAAACCGUUCUCGUGUUGGAAACAGAAAUGACGUUUUAGCCCCGUGCUAUCAAAAAGUCUGGUUGUUGCGUUCAGGGACUCUAGUCGCUGAGGCGCAGAGUCACCAGUUAACACGGUCACCCUGGAAAGCGAAACACCGGGCGCGUCUCUGGUCGCAAGCUAAUGGACGGAUACCAAACAAAUGUUCACGUUUGUAAAACUUUAAACACUUUAAAAACUCAGCUCCAACCUCUGUCGCGGCGCGGUGUCGAUAACGUGGGUGGAAGAACGUAUAACUCGUGACGUCAUUUCCGGCUGGUGUAACGUAAAUACUGGGCCACUCGCUAACGCAUUCUCCCCGCUCACUGAAUAGCACACACCUCGAGACAGUCGAUACGUUUAGGUAGCAUUCAUACUUGUUGGUGGUUAUUUUGCCCUUGCGCAGCACUUUUGCAGUACUUCCGUGUCAAACUGCGCGCGCACCCUUACAUUAUGUCAUAUUUGUUUACAAACUUAAAGAGUUUAUAAAGGAACAUACAUCCACAAUUCACAUAAAGACAUUUAAUUCAUAAGAAAACAAAACAAAAAAAUAAGUUGUUUAAUCACUGUUGUCUGAGUAAAUUGUGUUUGUAUUAAUUGUAUAAUUAUAAUUAUAUUAAUGUGUGGGUGUUUGUGUGUGAGUGAUAGUGUGCAAUAGUGGAAAUGGAGAUUGGAGAAUACAUGGCAUGGCCUCGGUUUGACCUUGCUGUGUGAAGGUCAUGAGUAGAGAUGGAAAAUACUCAAUCUAAAAAGUUGUAGUAUUUAAUAAAAACUUGCCUUUGAACUUAUUGAUCCGAACAAAGCCUUUCCCAUGAUGCCACAUCGGCUUCGGCAAGAGAUUCAAAAGAGCCUUAAACUAAAAUAGUUAAACCAGCUCAGCCUCGGAAGAUGGAUAGAGAUCGCUGCGCGUGUGUUUACAGGCACCAACUGAAUGGACUCCCCCCCCCCCCCUUUACUAUUUGAUUUUCAUUUUUUAAUUUGUUUUAUCCCUGCAGGUUUUCAUGAUCUUCAUCAUCUUAGCCAAAUGCCUUUUAAAUAGUUCUACUGUAGUUUGUAUGACAGCGUUAAUGUUCUUCUGUGUAAACGUUGUACAGUGUUUGUAUGUGAGAAAGAUGAUGACGAUGAUGUCUGUGAUGAUGAUGAUGAUGAUGAUGAUGAUGAUAUUCUAUGCCUUACACAUGACCAAUGGGUUUCCCAGAGGUGUUUCUGUAGCAGUGAUGCUGACGUUUUUUUUGUUGCUUUGUGUGGGUUUGGGUGCAAUUUAAAGAUAUGAAAUAAUUGUUAUUUAGACACUUGAUUUUAACAAUGUUGUGCUAUAGCUUUUGGAUAUUAGAGGAACAUACUGCCACGUACAGUCUUCUGCAUGCAUAUCUUUGUUGUCAAGUCACUGUAGACUAACACAUACACACACACGCACACAAACACACACGCAGACUUACUAUUUUAAAAGUGUAGCUUAACUCUGUGACUUUGCUGAAUUGGCUGACUCAUGAAUAAACAUAUCUUUCUGAA